AACAAGUAUUCUGCAUUUCGUAAACUCAAGCACAUGCGGAGUAUAGACCGGCAUUUGUCUAUGAUAAUUUGACAGACAACGGCUAUUUUGUGAUGGAAAACGACAUUCUAGAUUCUCUAGAAGAUCUAGGGUUCUCAGGGUCUCUCCUGGAUGAAUCUGUACUUUCCUCAUCAGUUGAUCCUAGCAACAAAUCCGUGGAAUACACUCAACUUGUUGAGUGGCUCACCAAACAACUUAAACAGUUCUGUGGAUUAGAGGAACAUGUCAACGCCAUCACAAAUGCUGAUGACUGGUCAAACUUUGAACUUGAGUUGAGUGGCUUCCUCCGAGAAUAUGGGUGUCCCUAUCCUUCACUCAGCGAUGGUCCCAUCAGUCAGCGGCUCACCACCAGAGAGAGCAAACUUCAACUUCUGGACUACCUGUGUACCGAGAUGGCCAGUGUGAGGAUCCUGGCGGCAGGGAAGCCUGGCUUGUUGAAGACCCCCACCACCACCCCUGAUGGUGUGUCCGCUCAGGCUGAGAGCGACUUGGCCACGUACCUGAGACAGAUGCUGAUGGCUCUGGGCUUCCCCAAACCACCCACAAACAUCACACCAUUCCAGCUGUUCAGCAAGGUGGAGUCCAAGGUUAAAGAGUUGGUGGCAAAGCACCCGAGUCUGCUCGGCAAGCCGCUGCUGAAGGCACGGCUGUCGGACAAGCAGUGGGAGCAGGUGCUGAAGGUGAACAUGGCGCUGUGUGAGGAGUACAAGCUGAGGAGGGACAUGUUGAUCAAGCGGCUCGACGUCACCAUCCAGUCCUUCAAGUGGUCUGACAAAGCAAAGCAUAAUGAGGACAAAAUAGCCAAAGUAUAUCAACCUAUAAGGAAACAACUUGUGUCGAAAACCAAUAUAGGAGUCCCCCAGAUCCUGGCUGCAAGAGAUGAUUUAACCCGGAUUCAGAAGACGAGCAGCGGGGAGGCCCGGGAAAAGACAAAGUGUGCAAUCAAUAGAGUCAUGAUAGGAAGGGUCCCCGACCGUGGAGGUCGAACCACUGAACUAGAACCACCGCCUCCAGAGAUGCCAGCGUUCAUGCAGCGGUCAGCAGCGCCUCAAGGGCGUGGCAGAGGUGGUGGCCAGAGGGGGGGAAGAGGAGGAGGAGGAGGUGGGCGUGUCCAGGGUGGGUGGGGCGAGUCCCACAGUCAGAACCAAGGAGGGAGCUGGGCCCAGGGUGGAGGAGGAUAUGGAGGGUCAAAGGGAGGGUAUAAUCAGGGUGGGGGUGGUGGAUAUGGAGGGGGCGGGGGUGGGGGUGGGGGUGGAUAUCACGGGGGAGGAGGGGGAGUUUAUCAAGGGGGUGGAGGUGGUUAUCAAGGCGGUGGAGGGGGUAGUUAUCAAGGGGGAGGAGGGGGUGGUUAUCAAGGGGGUGGUGGGGGAGGAGGGGGUGGUUAUCAAGGGGGUGGUGGGGGAGGAGGAGGUGGUUAUCAAGGGGGUGGUGGGGGAGGAGGAGGUGGUUAUCAAGGGGGAGGUGGUAGAGGAGGAGGAAGGGGGCGGGGCAGAGGGGGAGGGGGAGGGAGGGGUAGAGGUAGGGGUGGAGGAGGCUACAACUGA